UGGUAAAAACCAACAUCAGUGACAUGAUUUAGAAGUGAAACACAAGCAAUAAAAUUUUGUAAUAUGUUGGCAUUUCGUUGUUCAUUGGAGUCAGGCUAUUAAUUAUUUUGCUUCAUGUCCAAGUGAAAAAAAAACGAAAGACUUAAGCAACGAACCACAAAGUAGCUGCAUACAUGCAUACAUACAUACAUAUAUUCGCAUUUGCGUCAAUGUCGAAUUUUCUCCAAAUGAAACCGGUUUAAGCAAGAAUUAUGAAUAACUUUUUGCUUUGUUUAAUUUUCAUUUUGCCCUUUUGUGCAUUGGUAAAAUUGGAAUAUGCAUUUAACGAGCCCAAAUACAAGUGCCCGACAAAGGCUCUAGUCAUAUACCCAUGCACUUGCUGGAGAAACUCUGAUGCGGGUAUCUAUGUGAAAUGUGAAAACUCAAACUUAGCGACACUCUCGGUUGCGCUUGAAAACCUUGGAGCUUUAGGCACACCAGUGGAGCAUUUGGAAAUUGUUAAAGGACAUUUUGUACGUCUAUACGGGCCAGUGUUUUCUAAAGUAAGCCCAAGAUUACUUACCAUUACUGAUACGCCAAUCGCAACAAUUGAGAACUUUCCCUUUUUUGGUGUAAACAAAACUAUAGAGGAACUGCGUAUUGUACACAGCAAUCUAUCAUCGUUUACACCGCUGUCAUUUGGGAUAUUAGGAAAUGCAAAGGAACUUGUUAUUGACGGCCAUUCAUUGAAAAAUGUCAAUAAAAACAUUUUUGAGAAUCAAAAUAUUGGAAACAAGUUGGAAGUUCUGAGAAUUAUUAACGGGCCACUAAAUGAUGUUCCAAUUGAAGCGUUUCAGCCUCUACGUAAACUUAAAGUACUUGAUUUACAUGGCAAUCAAUUGGAAACUCUAAAAAGAAAUCAGUUCAAAAAUUUGAGAUCUGUGGAAGUUUUAGAUAUAAGUUUUAAUAACCUUAAAAAACUUGAAGCACAACAUAUAGCAGACAUGACCAAGCUGGGAUGGUGUAAUGCGUCUCAUAAUGCACUUACAGAAAUUUCCAGAGGAACUUUCGCUCGUAAUUCCGUAUUGAAAUUGCUCAACUUAUCACACAAUAACAUCACACGUUUGGAUGCUAAUAGUUUCCGAGGGAUGAGGUUUUUGAGUAAACGCGCGUUUGAAGGUCUUCUACAACUACUUACACUCAAUCUGUCUUCCAAUGCAAUCAAAAAUAUACAAAACGACGCCUUUGUUGGUUUACCAUCUCUGAGGAAAUUGGAUCUAUCUUUUAACCAGUUGUCGAAAUUAGAUAAUAAAACAAAUGGCGUACUUGACGAUUUACUCAGCUUAGAAGAGUUGAAUUUAAGUCACAAUAAAAUCAGUUUUGUUACAAAGAAGACCUUUCCUUCGAAUCGGUAUAUACCGUAUAAUUUAAAAUAUUUGGACUUAAGUUAUAAUCAAAUGCCAGUUCUAACGUAUGACAUUACCUUUGGCACGAAAAAGCUACUUACCUUAAAUUUGUCCAACAAUCAUAUAAAUGAAAUUCGAAGAGGCGUUUUAGCGAAUUUUACUCUACUUCAAUCACUUGAUCUAUCCAAUAAUGAGCUAAGUAAUCUGGCCUCGGAAGACCAUGUGUUUGAUCUCCCUACAAAUCUGACGAAAAUUAAUUUGAGCAACAACCAGAUAUACAAAAUACCGUUCUUCAACUUCCAAAAAGAUGUAAAGCUGGAAAAUAUUGAUAUGCGAAACAACAAACUUAAUGAGUUUCCACAAAUAUUAGUACAAAUGGUCCGCAAUGGUUCUAAUAUAUAUUUUGCGGGAAAUCCUUUAGACUGUAGUUGUGCUGCACGGCCAUUAAAGCAUUUUAUGAUGGAAAAGUCAAGUUUAGACGAAGACUUAGAGAAUAUAGAAUGUGGAACACCUAGUUUUCAUCAAAACCUACGAUUAAUAGAAGUGCUCGAUGAAAAUCUGCAAUGCGUAUUGGACGAAAGAGACCGCUAUAAAGGCGUGGCUUAUGAAGAACUUACCGAUGUACAGUUUCGAGACAUUAAAACCAAUCGCAAUGGGAAUCUUACAGUGCGCUUUUUUGUUACGGCUGCCAGAGAUAUAGCCGACUUUUUGGUUUAUAUACGAAACCGCGAAAAUGAUGUAUUGUACCAAGGAGAAGCAGGUUACAAUGAGCGUACGCAUGAAAUACCAAUCAAAAACAUUAAAAAGGUGAAUGGGGAAAAUUCCGAAAUAUGUAUAAUCUCUAAGGACAGCAAUGGCAUCACGGGUCGUUGGUAUAGCGCACAAUGCACACAUCUGCCCGAUUUAAAGCCAAAACGUAAAGGCAUUUUCGGAUUUACUUCGUCGAGUUCGGCCGAUGCUCAAAGCGUAGCUGUGUGUCCUAUCAUAAUUUCUGUGGUCAUGCUUAUUCUUUUAGUUGACGUCCAAUUUUUAUGAAAAUUUAUAUAUGUAUGUAAAUACUGCCACAGUAACAAUUUGAGCACUGCCUAGUAAUAUUCAU